AUGGUUGCUACACAGAAGUUUGACAACGUAAAGAUGCGUCUAGUAGAGACGAUGACUGAAUUUGAUGAAAGAUUCAGCAGCAUUUUCAUUAAGCUCUCAACUCUAGGGAAGACAUAUAGCAAUUGUCACUUCAAAGAAGAAUGCAAAAAGCUAAAGAAAGAUGACAAGAAGAACAAGAAGGAUCAAAAGGCUCUCCUUGAUGAGGAAAACAAAAGCAAGAGCAUGUGGGAUGAUAGUGAUUCAGAUGAUAGCUCUUCAAGUGAUUGCAAGGAUGAAAGAGUUAAGUGCUUCAUCGAUAACGACGAUGAACCAACUUCAAGCUGGCUUAAGCCCAAGAAGAGAGGAUCCGGCAAGUCUGGCAAGCAAAAACUUGACAGAAGUUCUUCUCAAAACUCAUCUUCUAAAGUCAAAGGAUCAACAAAAAGUAGAAAGAAGUCUGCCAAACCUAAAUCAUUUGCAAAUCGGGACAACUUCUUGGAAGACUCUGUUUGGUGUUUGGAUAGUGGCUGCUCCAGAAACAUGACAGGUGACAGACGGCUGUUGUCCGACAUAACCAAAUGCUCAGGACCUAAGAUCACAUUUGAAGAUAAAACAAAGGGAAAACUGUGA